AAGCAACACUAGUGGUCAUGUCAUAGAUAACUUAUGCUAAAAGACUGCUGGUUGUCAAUUAAUUCUUCGGAGUAAACAUAGAUUAUACCCUUAUGAGGGCCUUAUGGAGUAAAUAAUAAUACGUGUAGUCAAAUAAUAUUGUUGAAUGGAGUACCUACCUAUUUAAUAUUUUCAAAUAUAAACUCCCGAUUGAGAUGAACAAAUAGGUUUUGCUCCUAACUAGAAAAUCAAUUUCAUGAUGGAAGCGAUUCAGAACCAUCCGAGUCAAGAUGGACCACCAAAAAAGAGUCCUUUUGAUGAAUUAAGCAGAGAAGAUUUGAUCCAUAAAUGCAAGGGUUUACUUGUAAUAGCUCAGAAAGCUAAGCAAGCUAAAUCAGAAUUACAAGCUGAAUUAGAAACUAACAAAAAUAAAGUUGAGAAAUUGGAAAAUAGUGAAAAAAAUAACAAAGAAAAUUUAAAAACUCUUCAAGAGCUUGUUGAUUCUUUGACAGAACAAAAACUAAACUUCAUAACUGAAGUGGAUUCAGCUCAUACAAAAGUAAAAGAACUAAAUAAAAAAGUCAAUCAAUAUAAUGAAGAAAUAAAGCAGUACAAAGCUGAUUUGAUUGUGAAGGACAAUAAAAUAUGCAUGAUAUCUCAAAAAUUAUCAGAUCUGGAUUGUGAAAUAAUUUCAUUGCGAAGACAGAAUACUAGACUUUUAGAAGAAAAUGAACAGCUGAUUAAUCAACUCUCUGAAAUUGAAGCUAAAACUGUGGAGGUGAACAAUAUAGGUCUUCAGCAGCAGGAACAAUUAAAGAUUUUAGAAGAAAAUGUACAGAAAGAUUCAGAAAAUUGCAAACAAAUAGAAGAGCUUCAAUUGAAAAUUAUAAGUUUAGAAAAAAAACUUGAAUCAGAAAAACAAACAAAGAUUGUCGAUUAUGAAAAUAAGGUACAAGAAUUCACUGAACUAUAUGAAAAUGAGAAAGCUAAAAAAGAAAAAUUGAAUAUUAAAUUAAAGAGUUACAAAGAAAAGAUUCUUAAAUGUGCAGUUUGUAUAAAUCAACUUAAAAAUACAAGAUUUAUUUUGGCCAAAACAGUGAAAGAAUAUUCUGAAAAUAUCCCUAAGUGGCAAGAAGAUAUAAUAAAAGCAUCAAAAGAAUUGGACAUUCAAAUUAAUCACCUUAAGUCAGAAAAUACUAUUUUAAGAGAUAAAUUACAGCAAGUGGAGUCGCAACUUGAUGUAUUAAGCAAAGGUGAAAUUGAUGAAUCACAAUUGAGUAAAACUAACUCACUAAAUGAGACUUUAAAAAUUGAAAAUAUGACACUAAAACAAGAGUUUGAGAAAAUAUCACAUCAAAAUCGUAAAUUAGUGAAAGAUUUAUCAGAAGUGCAGGGUAAUUAUGAGCACCUUAUUAAUACGGAACUUCCGGCACAUAUAAAUGCCGAAAAAUUAUUAACAAAAGAAUUAGACGAAAUUAAACAACAGUUAAGUGAAAUAAAAUGCAGAAAUAUCGAACUUGAAGAAAGUUUUGAAAAUGCAAAAUACGAUUUGUCUCAGUCAAUUCAAAGCACAAUGCAAACCAAUCAAGACCAUGAAAACUUAUUACUCCAACUCAAGGCUUUAGAAAGCGAAAAGGAUAUUUUAGUUAAAGAAAAACUAAAUGCUAAAGAUAGUAUUAUAGAAUUGGAACACAAAAAUAAAGUUUUAAGUGACCAAGUAACCAAAAUGUCUUUUGAAAAUAAGACUAUCAAUUCGAAGUUAGAUACUUUAUCACAGCAAAAACUGCAACUCGAGAAAAACUUUGCAGCUGAAAAAGAAAGUCAAGUAAAUUUAUUAAAGUGCGAUUUGAUGACAGUGCAGGAACAAUAUAGUAGAUUGAAAAAAGAGUUUGAUGACUUGCAAGAUUUAAACAGCCUACUGAAAGAAGAAGUAGAUACUUUAAAACUGUCAUUAGAGCAACCAAGCGACGAUACUGAAAAUUUUUCUGAUUUGAAUGUAUCAUUACAGGCCGACAUUGUAAAAUUAGAAACAAAAUUGUCUUUAUAUAAACAAGAGAAUUCAGCGCUUUUAGUGGAACUAAAAGAAUCUCGAAUUAAAAUCAAAGAAUAUGAUUCUCUGUUUGCUGAAUAUGAAGAAGCUAAAUCAAAGUUGCAAAGCUAUAAAACUGAAAAUACUGAAUUAUUGAAUGAAAUGAAAGAAAUAAAUCAAGUUUUAAAAGAACGCGGUGAAUCUAUAUCAAAAUUGCAAAAAGCCAUUAUUGAAAUGGAAAGGUUGAUCGAGAGUUUGGAAAAAGAAAGAGAAAUUUCAACUAACAACAACACUGAACUAACUAAAAAAAUUGAAAAAUUAGAAAACCAAAUAAAAACAGCUGAAAAAUCUUCUACGAAAACAAAUGAAUUUACCGAUACAUUAACUGCUGAAAGAGAUAGUGCUAUUAAAAUGUUGGAAGAAAAAGAUAUUAUAAUAAUAUCUUUAAAAGAUGAAAUUGAGAAACUCAAACAUCAGUCACUAAAUUCAUCAGAGGUUCCAAACGAAGAUAACAUGUCCACUUCUACCAUGUCAAAAGCAGAUGAAACUGCGAGAAUGAGAGAUUUAGAUGAAACUUUUGAGGAAAAGUAUACGAAACUGAGGCUAUUUGCAUUAAAACUUAAGAAAAAACUGACUGAAACUGUAACUCAACUACAAAAAACAGAAGAAGAUAAAGUCAGACUUGAAAAAUUAAUAAACGAAAAUUCCGCGGAAGUACAUAAAAAUGGAAAAUUAGAAGUACCUAUGUUACAGGAAAAAGUAGAGUCAUUAACUUCUGCUAUUAAUGUAGCUGAGAAGAACAAUGCUGAAAUCGAGAAGAUAAAAGCUGAACUACACGCUAUAAGUCAACAGUUGGCUUCGGAAAUUGAAGCUCAUAAGGUGACCAAGGAGAAUUUAGAAAAGGCUAAACGAGAUGUUAAGAAGAAAAAUGUCCUAAGUCUUGAAAUGGAAGACUACGAAAGGUCAAUGAAAGAACUUACGUCGAAGAUGGAGGAAAAUAGGAAAAAGAUGAUUCAGAUGGAAUCGACAAUAGAUACCCACGAGGGAACUAUUACCGCGAUGAAAACACAAAUCAAACUACUAGAGGAUCAAAUAAAUACAGAAGAAACCCAAAACAGGCUCCUGAAAGAGGAACUUCAGCAAGCCAUUGAAGGUCUCAAACAGAAAGAUGAUGUGAUUCAGAUAAAGAACAACAUCAUAAUAAAGCUAGAACAAAAUCUUGAAGAUGAGAAGCAUAAAAAUGAAGAAUGUGAUCUUGAAACGACUUUAAUUCUAAGUGAAAAAGAAAAGAUUAUAAUUGCUCUAGGAGAUGAAAAAGUGGAACUAAGUAAUAAGGUGAAAAAGUUGGAAUUCAAAUGUGCCGAGCUAAACGAAAAUUUAAGAAUUUUAAAUAUUGAAUUGGCUGAUUUGAAAACUGAAUAUACAAGCUAUAAGGUGCGGGCUCAGGCGGUAUUACGACAGAAUCAGACCGUGGACCACAGUCAAGAAGAACAACUGAAGGAAGAAACAGCAGCGCUAAGAGCGCAGAUCGAGACUCUUACAGCUAAACUAAAAACUGCACAGGAGGAGUGUGAAUUACAAACAAGCGAGGCGGAGAGCGCGCGGAGACGUGCCGCUGAAGCAUCUAACGAAGCGAGCCGAGCGCAGCAACGCACCGCGAGACUGCAGGGCGACCUCACGCGGCUAGGCCACCAACUAGAUUCUGAAAGAACGCAACAUAAACUACAGGUUUCAACUCUAACCCAAUGUUAUAAGACACAAAUAAUUGAAUUGGAGACAAAGCUUAGAAACGAGACGGAAAAUCUCAAGAAACAGUUGGCUUUGGCCCAGGAGAACACGAAAAUUAACAGGCCCAGUGCUCCUAUUGAAUCAUCCAGUCAAUAUAUGCUGCCAGUUAUUCAUAAAGAUGAUGGCAGCGAAACAGACCUGGAGAUUAAUGUGUCCAUGAUACCUAGAGAAGAAGGAGAGGGUUCAGAGUCAGCGCCGUCUCCUCCACCAUCUAAACCGUUCACGGGCGGGGGCAGUGGUCGCUCCCCGGUCCCUCUGGAGCGACUGCUCGAGGAAGGAGUGCCCGAUGAUGAAGCGCUCGACACGUCUUCAUUAGGCUUCACCCCAGAACAGGAGGUGGCCGAUCUAAAAAGGCGUUUACAAGCUCAACAACAAAGAGUGAAGCACGUCACGGUGCUGCUAUCGGAGUCUGAGCGAGAAUGCGCGCGUAUGGCUCAGCUCAGCGAACUCCUUAAGGCAGAGUUGCGUCGGGUGAGAGGGACCACGCAAAAUGCACAUAACACCGAGUACAUGAAGAACGUCACUCUCAAGUUCCUAACCCUUCCAUCCGGUGACGAGCGUAUUCGACUUGUCCCAGUUCUUCAGAAGAUUUUGACCUUGACGCCAGACGAAACUCAAAAAAUUCAAGCGAUUGCAAAAGGUUUAGAUCCAAACUCGAGUAAAGGAUGGGGAAGCUACUUGCCGUGGCCUGGAGGGAAAUGAAUCGGUAAAUACACCGGUAACUUCGUGCACUAGUGACAUCUGUGAUCGAAACGUAUGUUUCGCCUUGUCAAGCGGCUUAAUUCAGCGUUUUAAUAAUAACAUAGGAGUAAAUAUUUAAUAAAAUAUAUCUACUAAUAUAAUUUUGUAUUAUUCUAGUUUUAAAAUAACAGCGGUCAAUCAGUGUGGCUGCUUUGAAAAAAUAUGUUAUGUUGUAUAAACUUCAAUUCGGAAUAUAAGGGAAGUGUUUUAAAUAGAAGCUUACAUUUUCUUUUUUUUAAGUUUAAAAAAAUAUGUUAAUUUCAUUUUCAAUUACCAUACAUUCCACAAUUAUUCGCCUAAUCACAAGGGUAACUGUGCCAUCACCGGGUUGGAAUUUGAAAGAAACAUAACAAAGAAGUCAGAUAUGUACUAUUAUUAUUUUCUAAAUGUAAAUUUAUUUAUUGCAUUUUCAAUAGAGAUUAUGAUGGAAUUAAGAUACACCCAAACGUAUGAUAAAAAUAUUAUAACACGAAUUAUAUUUCUUUAUUAUUGUAUUUUCAUUCAAAACUACUUUACGGUUUAAUGUCUGACGAUUACUUGUCCGAUGACCACAAAAACUAAACGCGAGAUUAAAUCGUAAAAUUAGUUUAAAUUUAUGAUUAUCACUAAUAAAAUAAUUUAUAUACCAUGACAUGUUACAGUUGAUUGAUUGAAAUUAAUGCGAAUGUAUGUAACGCAUUCAGCUUACUGCAGUAUGUAGUGAAAUAUUUAGAUUAUGUAAAUAAAAUUAGCAGAUUGUAAAUUUUUAUGCUAAUGUUUUAUUAAAAAUCAUAUUCAGAUAAUAAUACCGUUAGUUACUUAGUUUCAAUUUCUGUGUUAAUAUAACUUUUCUUUGUCAAGUCUAUAUAAAACUUUUGUAGCUUUGCAGUUUAUUGUUAUUCCUGUAUAUUUUUAUAUUGUUUAAAUACAAAGAAUUAUAUUCAAAUAAAUUUUGAAA